GGGAUAAGGGAAGGGGCAGAAGAACAAGAAGAAAUCAAGAAAACAAUAAAAGUGGGAAGUGGGAGAAGAAAUAAACAAAAAUUCAUCUUGCAUCUGUUUUAAAGCGUUGCUUCUAGGCAUUAUUCUAAUACAGUAUUCAGUUCAAGACUUGAAAAGUUGAUAAAACCUCGGAUAAAACCAGAGUGAAAAUGACUACAGCAGAUGAACGAGGCAUUUUUGCCAAAUUGGACGCCAUAAAAGAAAUCAGAGCUAAAACUAUCCAAUUAGAAAAGCUGAAAGCUCGUCUCAUAUGCGAAGUAGAAUCUCAAGAACAAGAAGAAAAAUCUCUAGCUGAAUACAAGCAGGAAAUGGAACUGUUGUUGCAGGAAAAAAUGUCUCACGUUGAAGAGUUGAGGCAGAUUCAUGCCGAUAUUAAUGCUAUGGAAGGCGUUAUAAAGCAAUCUGAAGAAGGCAGGCAAAGAGCUAUGAAUGCAGCUUUAAGACUUCACGAAGAAUUUCAGCCACUAAAAAAUGAUAUAGAUCGUUUGAGAAGAGACAAUCUUGGUUUGGAAAGAUUGCCAGAACUGCACGAAGAAGAAGGUUCCAGCAUUACACCAGAAAAAUUCUCCCAGCUCUACAAUUCCACUAAAUCUCAAACAUCGUCGUACAGCAAAACAGCUGAUUGGACCAGACCUCUAUCUCAUAACGAUGGUAGUAUGGGUUCAUUGGGACCUCCAUUACCUCCAACCUUUUUGCCACCACCAAACCCUCUGAGACUAGUUACUAACAAACCUGAUCCUGGACGAUCCAGUGGUAUGGGACCCUCUUCGCAUUCUGGACCUCCAACACCUACUUUCAGGUCGGAUCUUAGUAGUCUGAGACAACAACCUCCGCCAAUGAAGUCUUGUCUCAGCUGCCACCAGCAAAUCCACAGAAAUGCUCCGAUUUGUCCGUUGUGUAAGGCCAAAUCCAGAUCUCGCAAUCCAAAGAAACCAAAGAAAAAGGACCAUUAAGGUCAAUGUUUCUUUGAUCUUUUUUUUUAAAUUACAUAUUAAACUGCAAUGUAUAAUGUUGCAUUAUUUUUUAAUGUUUAGUAAGUACUAAAUAGCAGCUUCUGUUCUGAGAAUUGUAUCUCUGAACUUGGAUUAUAAUAAUUUUUAAUGUUUAUCCCAGUGAUAAUUGUGUUUUUAGUGUGAGUGUACCUUAAUGUUUUUUGUAUCCUUUUUUUGUGUGAAAUUAAAUUCGAGCAAUAGCAAAUAUUUAAUUAGGGCAUUAUUGUUUUACUUUUGAUACCUAAACCUACAAUGCAUAUUUAUUCCUAAUGUAAUUAGGUAAAUGUAGCACUUUUUCUCAAGAUGUUUGAAAAUACAGAAUACAUUCAGAAAUAAAACCAUAAGGAAAAUCUAAUUGGUGUUAUUUUUCUCUGAAUAAUUUUACUUAAAAUUAGAAAUAUUAGAGAAGCCUUAUUUGUUCACAAUAAUGUGAGCUCUGAUUUCAAACAGUUUUAUGAAAGCUAACCAAUGAGAACUAAAUGUAUCUACAAAUCUAUCCUAGAUUUUGGUUCUGGGAUGUUGCCACAAUUUAAUAAAUAGAAAGACAUAACUUUAUUUGGUUCCAUAAUUUUUUUCUACAGAGGAAUUUCUAGACGCUGUGAGUGUAGUAAAUGGCAAAAUAGUACAAUUUUUAAAUAACAAAAUAUAUAAACUAAAAACUGAAACAAAUACUUAUAAUAACAAACACCAUGAGCUUAACUAGUAAACAUGAACCAUUCCAUAUAUAAAUGUCCAAGACAAAAUAUAAGUGAAUAAUUGUCCAAUAAAUCCACUCGUCAAUAGCGAUUUACGUGAUACAAAAUACUUGUCCCAGUUUGUGAAGCCUGCUUUACAUAAGAUCAUUAUCCAGAGGCUUAGUACUGCACAAACGUAAAAUAGGGCUCCUGCUAGACUGGUUAAGCCCAGCACGCCUGCAAUACAACCGGAAAGUGCUGCCAUUGAUGUUCUGCAGUACUCGACGAUGGAUAAAUUAUUUCUCAUUGCUGAUUCACUUUUUAUGGAUUGUACUUGAUUUUUAACCAUAUUUUAGCUGAUUAUUGCUUCAGAGAGGAUGGUGGAGUGAUAGUGUUUAUUUACUGUACUGGCUGAAAUGAAAUCCAAAUAAAAUUAGCAAACGGAUGUCGAUUGUCGACAAAAGUAAUCAAACAAGCAAGAAGAC